UGUGUAAUCUUUAUUAUGGAGAAACUGCAGUGAGAACAAGAAACAAGAUCAUUAUAAAUGUGUAUGAAUACAUAAUAGUGAUACAUGUUAUGUAAAAUGCACAAACAAAUGGGAGUAAUGGGACUCCAUCAUUCUAAUAUUUUUACUUCAAUAUUAUUUGGUCCUAAUGGUCUAAUUUGUUCUGAACAAUCAGGAAGACGAUUAUUGAGCUUCAGUAAUAUACCAGGGCCUAGGUCAUUGCCAGGAAUUGGGACACUAUAUAAAUAUUUUCCAGUUAUAGGUGUUUACAAAUUUGAUGAGCUUCAUCACAAUGGUGUGAAAAAAUAUAGAGAUUAUGGACCAGUGGUUAGAGAAGAGAUCAUGCCAGGUAUUAAUAUUGUUUGGCUAUUUGAUCCUCAGGAUAUUGAAACAAUGUUCAGAUAUGAAGGAAAGUAUCCACAAAGGAGAAGUCAUUUGGCUUUGGAGAAGUAUCGCUUAGAUAGACCAAAUGUUUAUAAUUCUGGAGGAUUAUUGCCCACAAAUGGGCCUGAAUGGUUUAGAAUCCGAAGUGUAUUUCAGAGAGGCUUGAGUAGCCCUCAAGCUGUCAAGAACUUCCUCAGUGGUACAAACGAGGUUAUUGACGAGUGGCUUGUGAUGAUUGAAGAAAUAAGUAAACGGCCCAACACAGAUUACCUUCCAGAGUUGUCAAGAUUAUUUUUAGAACUUACAGCCAAGUCCACUUUGGACAUAAGAUUAAAUGGAUUUAGUAAACACGAACAGAGACGAUAUUCAAGAUCUUCUAUGCUCAUUAAAUCAGCUUUAUUAACAAAUUCCUGUAUACUCAAGACAGAUAAUGGCCUACAGUUAUGGAAGAAAUUUGAUACUCCACUUUACAAAAAACUGAAGAAAGCGCAGGAAUAUAUGGAAGAUGUUGCUAUUGAUCUUCUGUCAUUGAAAAUCUCUUUAUUUUCUGAAAGAGAUAAGAAUACUCCUUCCACAUUAUUAGAGUCCUAUAUGUCAUCCCCAGAAUUGGAUUUCAAAGAUAUCAUAGGAGUUAUUUGUGAUUUUCUUUUAGCUGGAAUUGAUACUACAACAUACACUACUAGUUUUCUUUUAUACCAUCUAGCCAAAUAUCCUGAUGUUCAAGGAAAGCUGUAUCAAGAAUCUCUGAAGCUUCUACCAAAUAAUGAUAGUCCAGUCACUGAGGAUGUUCUCAAAGAAGCAGUAUAUGCAAAAGCUGUAUUGAAAGAGUCUCUAAGGUUGAGACCGAUAUCCGUUGGAAUAGGGAGAGUUCUGCAAAAUGAUGCUACGUUUUCUGGAUACACUGUCCCUUCAGGGACAGUUGUGGUGAGUCAGAAUCAGAUAUCUUGUAGACUAGAAAAGUAUUUUGCCUCACCAAAUGAAUUCAUUCCUGAAAGAUGGCUGAAAAAUGAAUCAAAAUUCGAACAACCUCAUCCUUUUCUUUUUCUGCCCUUUGGUCAUGGUCCGAGAUCUUGCAUUGCCAGACGUCUUGCUGAACAAAAUAUGAUUGUCUUGUUGCUAAAGUUGACCAGAAAAUUCCACAUUAGAUGGAAUGGAGGUGCCUUAGAUUCUAAGUCAUUGCUAAUCAACAAACCUGAUGGACCAAUCAAAUUGUCUUUUCAUAAGAGAUGAUUUUGAUUAAAGAAUCUAUUUUCU